AUGUCGCAAUCUAUAUGGGAAAUCAAGAAACGCGGAUGCGGAAUGUCAAAUAUUAGGCCAUGGAAGAAAAUCUUGAGUUACAAGAAAUCACAGUCUAUGAAAGCGACCAAAUGCAGAGAUGUCUCUUAUGUAUACUUGUUUAUGUUGUUUAUCGGUUCAGUGGUUCUUAGCGCACCCUGUUUAGCUGAUUACUCAAAGCCACCUCUCAAUGAGCACAAACCACCCAUUCCGGGCAACUUGGAUCCCCCAACUAAGGAGCCAGUGCCAGAGCACGAGGCAGGAGCCCCAGUUAGAAAGCCUCCUAAAGCAGAGAAACUAAAUCCUGAGCACAAUCCACUACUAGCUCACUAUGUGGUAAGGUAUGAAACGAGAGAAUUUUUGACACCUGGACUAACCAAAAGGCUCCUUUACCACUAUAAAAGGAGGGCUUCGCGUUGCACCAUCGAAAGACAGAGCUCCAAGAUGUCUCUUACACACUUACUAGUUUUGCUCCUGGGAGUGGUGGUUCUCACCACUCCCUCCCUUGGUACCUACGAGUCACCCGGCUAUGGGAAACCACCAACUCCUGUUUACAAACCUCCCGAGGUGAAGCCACCCCCAAUUUACAAACCACCACCAGUUUACGAACCUCCAAAGAAGCCGGAGCCCAAGCCACCGGUUUACGAACCUCCAAAGAAGGAAAAGCCAGAACCUAAGCCUCCAAAGCCACCAGUUUAUGCACCUCCAAAGAAAGAAGAGCCAAAACCCAAACCACCAGUAUAUGAGCCUCCAAAGAAGCCUCCGGUG